AUGCAAGCCAAUCAGAAGCUCUGCAUUGCUAUCUUCGGCCCUACUGCGUCCGGAAAGACUAAGCUGGGCGUUGCCAUUGCAAAGGCCUUUCCGAGCGAGGUCAUCUCCGUGGAUAGCUUACAGUGUUACAAGGCAGGAAGCAUUCUCACCGCCAAGCCUACCGUUCAAGAGAUAGAUGAUGUUCCUCAUCACAUGGUCGAUUACCUUGAGGCUGAUGAGGAACCUCAUGACUUUGUGGACAUGGCUGCAGAUAAGAUGGAGGAAGUCACAAAUCGAGGGAAACUCCCCAUUCUUGUCGGCGGCUCAACAUCUCUCGCAAUACCCUUGCUGCAUGAGGCACUUAAGCGUCAGUAUCGGUUCAUUGCAGCAACCUUGAUACCACGUCAAUCUGCAUACUGGCAGUUCAUCCAAGUUAGAGCCAGCGAGAUGCUCGAGAGGGGUCUCCUUGUCGAACUCGAGGAGCUGAGAGAUCUUCAGCAGAGUUUGCUUGAUGACAACGCAUGCUUUCAUAAGGGCGUGUGGAAGGCCAUAGGGUACCAAGAGUUCUAUCCAUAUCUCGAAGCAGACAUGUCAUGCAGCGCCCGUCAGUCGUCAUUCCAGAGGGGUCUCGCACUCAUGAACGCCAACACUUUGCAGUACGGCUUCCAUCAGCUCGAGUGGAUACGUUCCAUCCUGAACCCUUUCCUUCAACAAGCUGGUGUAGUAUGCAUGAGCCUCCCUGUCACUAACAAGGCUUCCUGGACGUUGGAUGUUGAGAUACCUGCCAUAUCCAUGCUCAACGAGCUUUGCUACAGCUUUCGAACUAUCAGACUCUCCAACAACGGCACAUUGAACUCGAACUCCAAGUCUCGAGUCGUUUCUCUAUUUGGCGGAUCUUCGUCGGGUAAUGAUCCGAAGCACAUCCAGGCUGCCAAGAAUCUGGCUUUUGCUCUGCACAGUAAUAACUACAAGCUCGUCUACGGCGGUGGAACCACUGGGAUCAUGGGCGCCAUUGCCAGCACUCUGGUUCAGCUCUCGGGCCCAAGUGCCGUCCAGGGCAUCAUUCCCGUCGCGCUCGCAAAGUACGAAGAGAAACUCACAAAGAAAAAUGCAGAUCCGUCAAAGUUCGGAAGCCGGACCGUUGUGAAGGACAUGCACACACGCAAGAGACUCAUGAUCGACGCAGUCAUUGGCGGUGCCCCUGGUAGCGGCUUUGUCGCUCUUAGCGGCGGAUAUGGCACUUUAGAGGAACUCCUUGAAACGACGACUUGGUGCCAGCUCGGUAUACACCAGUGCGGUAUCUGUGUCUUUGACGUGUGCGGGUUCUACAAGGGCUUGCUAGAUUGGGUUGAUCAAGCUGCACAGGCAGGGUUUGUUGGCACAGAGGAUGUUGAUAUUCUGAGAAUUGCAACGACAGCCGAGGAAGUCAUUGGAUAUCUCGGUAGUCAAAAUGGGCGUUAUUCGCGAAUGGGUGAGCUUGAGUGGGAUUAG